AGCAAACUGGUGAAGUAUUUCAGCCGGCAGCUGUCCUGCAAGAGGAAGGUGGCCCUGCAGGAGCGCAAUGCCAAACUGGAGGGGUUCCCCCAGCUCCUGCACUGGUUCCGCAUCGUCGACAUCCGCAAGGAGGUGAUGGAGGAGAUCGCCCCGGGGCAGCUCAGCCUGGAGGAUCUGCUGGACAUGACCGAUGACCAGGUCUGUGCCACCGUGGAGAAGUUUGGGGCCAACAGCGAGGAGUGUGCCCGGCUGAACGCGUCCCUGUCCUGCCUGCGCAGCGUCCACAAGUCCG